AUGAACAAUUCCAAUAGCACCUCCGAACCUCCUUCUCAUAGGGAUCUUUUGAUCCAGGCUAAGCAGCAACAAAAGCAGGAUCUUGUGGAAUCCACCAGGCUAUCGGAAGCACUAGUGAAAACAGUGAAUGCCAUAGUCCGGGCGAACCUGGUGGCUAAUAAUCCCAACUGUCCGCCUCUUCUAGAUAAGAUUACCACAAUUCACGACCUCGAUCGGGAAAUCGACCGCCAAUUGAAGAAGGAUAUCUCAGUCAACUAUGAAAAGCUUGUCUUGGCUAAGGAAAAGCUAGGUCGAGAGAUUGCGAGGACUAAAAGGGCUUUGGAUAAGCAUCAAGAGUCCAAGGUGGAUUUGCUACAAAGACGAGCCGAGCAGCUGGACCAGGAACUACGAAUUCUUGAGAAUACACUUCUGUUGAUCAAGAGCCAACGAUAG